AUGCCAGAGGUAUCACUAGGAUUCAUGACAGAACAAGAAUCACUCUUGCAGUCUGAGGAUAGCUUCCUCAUUGACGAUGCAGGUGCAGACAUUACAAGUACAAUCAAUGGUGAUGAUGAACCAAUCAUCACCCCAGAGCAUAAAGAAGAACUAAAGCAAGGAUUUGGUCAUAAAACAAUGUAUGUACAUAUUUGGUAUAGUAAUAUGACUGGUCCAGGUAUGGUCGGUAUUGCAUUACAAUUUCAACAAGCAGGUUGGUUUUUGUAA